GUCUUUUUGUCGUCAUAUUAGUCUCAUUACCUCAGUGGAUCUCUGUGGAGCACAUGUUUGUUUCCUUAUAGCUUCACUUGUGCUUUACUGUCAGCUCACCUGAACCUGAAAAUCAUGGGUAGCUGGUGGAUGUGGCUGUGGCACCACAGAAACUUCCUCAUCAUCAUUGUCACUCCGCUCGCAAUCCUUCCCCUGCCACUCGUCAUCCCUACAUCGGAAGCAAGAUGUGGCUAUGCUAUCAUCCUCAUGGCUCUGUACUGGUGUACAGAGUGUAUGCCUCUGGCUGUGACUGCCCUACUGCCUAUCGUCCUCUUCCCGAUGAUGGGCAUCAUGAAGGCUGGAGAGGUCAGUAUUGAGUACCUGAAAGACUCUAACAUGCUGUUCAUUGGUGGCCUGUUGGUGGCCAUCGCAGUGGAGCGCUGGAACCUUCAUAAGCGCAUCGCUCUCCGAGUUCUGCUGCUGGUUGGCGUUCGUCCGGCUCUGUUAAUGAUGGGUUUCAUGAUCGUCUCGUCCUUCCUGUCCAUGUGGAUCAGCAACACGGCCACCACGGCCAUGAUGCUGCCCAUCGCCCAGGCCGUGCUGGAGCAGCUGAAGGCCACAGAGAUGCGGGCGGACGAACAAGAUUUCCAGGCUGCAGCCGAGGACAACCACGCGUUUGAGCUCGAGACCAGACCAACUAAACUGGGAGCGACGGACGAGAAAGAGCCAGACACCAAAGCUCAGCCGGAGGACAGAGUGUAUGAACACGAUUGGAGUCCAGAGUCACUGCGGGAGUCUAAGAGAAGAGCGAUGGACUCGAAGUAUGAGUACCUGACCAAAGGGAUGAGUCUGAGUGUGUGUUACUCUGCCAGCAUCGGCGGCACGGCCACGCUCACCGGUACAACCCCUAACAUCAUCCUCAAGGGUCAAAUCGACAAGCUCUUCCCUGGGAAUGGUGAUGUGAUCAACUUUGCCAGCUGGUUUGGCUUCGCGUUUCCCAACAUGGUGCUCAUGCUGGUGUUGACCUUUCUCUGGCUUCAGUUUCUGUUCCUUGGCUUCAACCUGAAGCAGUCAUUCGGCUGCGGCAUUAAAACCGACCGAGAUAAGGAGGCGUACACGGUGAUGAAGCAGGAGUACAACAAGCUGGGGCGCAUGACGUUUGCUCAGUGGGCGGUGCUCAUCAUCUUUGUCCUGCUGGUAGUCCUGUGGUUCACCAGGGAGCCGGGCUUCAUAGACGGCUGGGCAACAGUGCUCUUCAAUAAGGGGGGACCGUUUGUGUCAGAUGGAACCGUCGCUAUCUUAAUGUCGAUGCUCUUCUUCGUCAUCCCCUCCCAAAUGCCCAAGCGUGGAGGCUACGGUACCGAUGACAAAGGUAAGAUGGUGAACGCUCCCCCCACUCUGCUAAACUGGGAGGUCGUCCACGAGCGAAUGCCCUGGCACAUCAUCCUGCUGCUGGGAGGAGGCUUCGCUCUGGCUGCUGGCAGUGAGGAGUCAGGUCUUUCCAAGUGGCUGGGAGCGAGCUUGGCACCUCUGGAGAAAAUUCCUGCCUACGCUAUCACGAUGCUGCUCAGCCUGCUGGUGGCGACGUUUACCGAGUGCUCCAGUAACACAGCCACCACCACCCUGUUCCUGCCCAUCCUGGCCUCAAUGGCCGUAGCUAUUAAGAUACACCCGCUGUACGUGAUGAUUCCCUGCACCAUCGCUGCCUCUCUGGCCUUUAUGCUGCCUGUGGCCACACCACCCAACGCCAUCGCCUUCGCUUUUGGAAAACUCAAAGUCAUGGACAUGGUGAAAACCGGCUUCAUGCUGAACAUCAUUGGGAUUUUGACCGUUAAUUUAGGCAUCAACACCUGGGGAUAUGCCAUGUUUGACAUGGGCACCAUACCUUCUUGGGUCAACAUUACAGAGAGCCAACCUUGAGUGAGGGAGGAUAGAGAGAGAUGGAGAAAGAGAAUGACACACAAGUGUUUUUAAAAGCCUCUGUCUUCAAAUUUCAAGUGUUUCUCUACUAAAUAGCCUAAAAUAUUAUCAUUAUUAAAAUAUAAUAUUAUUAAAAUAUAAUAACUAAAUAAGCAACAAAGUUUAUUAAAAAACUUUGACUAUUAUAGAAGGAGAGGAGAAAUAAGGGGAGUAAAUCAAUGGUUGGUUACAGUAAAUGUUGUAAAGAAAAUAAAGUUUAAAGAUUAUUCAAAAUAAAAUACCAUUUAGACCACGUUUCACUUAGCAGCGGUGCUCACAUACAAACCUGUAUGACAAUAAAAGGAGACCUUGGUAAGAAAAACAGUGAUUGGUUUACAACCAAAUCUGCGAUAAGCUAUCAUUAGCUAUAUCUAUUAUUAGACAGACCCUCCCCUGUUAGUAUUCAGUAUUUCCUCAUGUCACUCCAGUGACAGAACAAAAUAAUGGAGGUCACUUCCUUGUACAAACUUCCCUGAAUGUGAUGUCAUCUCAUUGAUCUAUUUAUCACUCAUAACAAAUGAUGCAAAGAUGCAGCACACUGUGUGUUUGAGUGAUUAUUUAAACUGUGAUUAGUAUUUACGGGAAAUAUGAAAAUGAGCUGAAUUAAUUGUAUCAGUUGAUUUAACUUAUUACUGAGGUCCUUUUGUUGGACCUUAAGUCUUUGUUUUAUUGUUGCACGUUUUAUUAUCAGUGUUUUUGUCACACUGGUUUAUGAACAAGCAUUUACUUUACAUUUCUUAACUGUUGGUGAUUAUUUGUAAUCCUUCAGGAGACAUUUUUAAUCCUAAAUUGGGAAUAUGUUCUCUACAUGAAUACGGGUUAAAGCUAUUAAAAGAAUUUAAUUGAUAUUUUUGGAAAUACGCGUAUUUGUUUUCAUGCAUACGAUAAAUGUGAAACUACAGCCAGCAGCUGGUUAUCUUAAAUUAAUACACAGUUUGUUGAAUACUCGAUUCUGAUUGGUCAAUCACAGCGUUCUACGGUCUGUAAUUUCUUUAUAACAGACUGUUGUUA